CAUCAAUCCAUUAUCGCCAGACCAGGAUUGACGCCAGACCACCAUCUUCUCUUCUCCUUCUGUUAUUACCCGAUUAGUCUGCCUACUUGUACGCAGCAACCGUCACACGAGCGCAUCUUCUUCAGCAUCCACCGCCUCGCUCCCUGUCCUUUAAAGCAAAGCAUCCUCCAUAACCGCCAACAUGUCCAUGCGAAUCGUCCCCGCCUCCGGCGCCCCCUCCACCUUCAACCACACAAACCACUCCUCCUCCGCCCCCUCCGCCCCCGGCAUCCACGACACCCUCCGCCACGGCGUCGGCAUCUCCCCCUUUGACGCAGCCGCCAACAAGCCCGCGUCAUCGCACCCCCUCGAGGCCCGCCUCAAGAGCUGGGAGGCCACCCAGGAGGCCGUCCGCAUGGAGACGCUCAGGCGCACCUUUGGCAUCGCCGAGCCCAUCCGCCGCGGCAUGGAGCUCAAGAUUGUUCGCGACGGCGAGUGGCGGCCCCUGGCCCUCGGCGCGGGACUGCCCAGCGUCCACGAGGAUAUCCUCAAGGGCCGCGAGGACACCAUCACCUGGGAUGACGUCUUCACCGGCAGCGAGACGAGAUCCGUGCCUGGAUUCCACGACGAGAUGGAGAAGAAGCUCAAGAUUCACUAAAUGGGACAAGGCCAGUAAUGAAGGAAGAAUAACAAGGAAAAUCAAAGCACCCAUAUGUAUGCCGGUUAGACAGGGUCGUUUCUAGGACGAUACAGGAUUCUGCUUCCCAAUUACAUGAAAUAGAUUAACGAUUUAUAACCAAAAAGGAAAAAAACAUAAUGAAAC